UUGCGCAAAGAGUGAUAAGAAAAACAUCGAUUUGAAAGUGAUGUUUUUUUUUGUUCAAUUCCACAGUGGAUAUUUUAAAAUAAAUGUUAAACUCUGAAUGAUUUAAAAAAAUAAGAUCCAACAAUAGUAGAUAUGAGUGAUGAAAUCUAAUUUACAAAUAAAUUCGUAAUGUUUUACAUUUGGCAAUUGAGUCCCCAUGGAGUGGAUUUAGUUGUAGCCACAUUGCCUUGAUAUCUUAAAAAAAAUACGGAUUGACAUUAAAAGAAACAGAACAAUAAUUUGAGUUAUACAACUAGAGGAGAAAAGUGAAAAAAAGCAUGUAAGCAUGACUCAAUGCGAAUGUUUCGCUGGAUGAGCAAUGGACAGAGAACGUUUCUGAAAAUAUAAAUAUGUAUGUGUGUGUUUUGUAAACAUAUAUGUACACGAAUCCCAAAAGUGACUAAUUGUCGCAACUGAAUCAAAAUAAAUGUCAAAGAACGAAGCGAAUGAGUGAGAAUGUACAAAAUUAAAGUGAUAAGAAAGCAGGAAAGUCCGUCAUUGACGUGAAAUAGAACACAAAACAACGAACCAGAAACAAAAGAAACAAGUGGAAGGUGGACUAUACGAGAAUCCAAUUUAACAUUUCAAUUUUGGACACGCGAUGAGCAUUGAAUUGCGUAAUGACAUGACAAACAAAUGCAAUUUAUAAAAGUAUAUGCAAUAUGGUAACGACGAUAAAAAUAACAUGCGAUGGCGUUUUCAUUCAAACAAACUCCACAUCGAAUCAUAUUCAGACGACAACGAACGACGACAACGACGACGACGACAACAAUAACAAUCAAAUAGUGACCGAUUCAUCGAUGAAUGUAAUCAAUGGCACAAAUGGUCGUCUAAGCAAUGGUCAUAGUCACAAUUCCAAUAGUAGUAACCAUUAUAGAAUUGGGUCUGAUGAAAUUACAAAGCAUAGCAUAUCAGUUGACGACGUUGCUCCACAAUCGCUUCCGAAUUUGCCCAUAGACAGGUCACAGCCACCGCUUAUAUCACCGCAUUUGGUAAAGACAUUGUCACGUAUAAAAAAGACAACGACAACAUCGUUGUUUUCAUCGUCGACAGCAAACAGCAAUAAAAUCGUAAUCAGUAGUCUUUCACCGUCAUCGGUUGCGGUGAAUAAAUCCAUUCACAAAGUUAUUCGAAUCGAUAAAAAUGGCCAAUGCACCACAUCGAUCAAAUUGGAUGCACGUCAAUGGGAUGGUUGCACAAGCAAAAAAAGUGGUAUUAUUGUAAACAACGUAUCGGGCGUUCGACGACGCAAUACAUUCAAAAACUAUCUAAUUGAAUGCAAAGAAAAUAUUGUACGAAGACUAUCAUCACCAACGUCGCCCAUCGAUGCCGAUUCAUUAGGGGCAAAGCAUACAAAAGCGAUCGAUUAUCGAAAGUAUCGUAGGAAAAUCUUUCGAAGACGAAAUUCGACGGGUUCGCUUGAAGUAAUGAAUAGUCACGCUGUGAAUUUGCAAGCGUCAGGGCAUCAAUCAGUAGUCGUCGGUCAUCAUCGUGGUUUUUCUCAGCCAUCAACAGUGACCACUGGUGGCGAUCCAUGGUUUUUGCAGGCUCAUGAAAUGCCACCAACUGCACCAGCGCGUCACCACAAACGUCCCGCACCACAGCCUGGUUCUAUUGUACACAACAAUAAUAACAAUAAUGUUGGAAGCCAAAGUAAUCAUCAACUUUCGCAAUCGCAGCAUAAUCAUUCAGCAUUAACAAACGUAAAUCCAUUACAUUCGUCUUCCAUCGCAUUGGGUAAUCCACAAUUGAGUCUGGCUACCUCAGCAAAUUUAUCAUUGUCAACAACCGCCCUUGAUCCAGCGAUACAAAUGGCAUCGAAUGCCCAUUCGCCAAAGUCACCAAAUCAAAUGGCCACCAAUGUACAGCAUGUACACAAUCCAUCACAGACAACAACAUCGCAAUUAGCAAGCAACACAUCAUCGUUUCGCUUGAACUUAGAUAGUUCGGAGCAAAUUCCACAUAUGCAUCAAAACGGCGGAUCAACAACCACUGGAUCCACAAUCACUAGUCUUCAUCAAGCAACACCAGUUCAUGUGCCAUCAGCAAUGUCAACAUCAUUACACAGCGGUUCAAAUGCUGCUAGUUCAGGUUUCGAUGCUAAUACCACAACAUGGAAUAGCACAUCAUCAUUGUCACCAACAAUAUCUUCAUCGGCACAACAUCACCGUAAAUUAGAAGUUAAAUUAAACGCAAUGCCAUGGUUUCACGGUAGCAUUACAAGGGACGAGGCCGAACACUUGUUGCAGCCACGCGAAGAUGGCCUAUUUUUAGUCAGAGAGUCAACCAAUUUCCCGGGCGAUUACACAUUGUGCGUAUGCUUUCAGGGAAAAGUUGAACACUAUCGUGUUAAAUAUUUAGAAAACAAAUUGACCAUCGACGACGAAGAGUACUUUGAGAAUCUGGGCCAAUUAGUUGACCAUUAUGAGAAGGAUGCAGACGGUUUGUGCACGCAAUUAGUAAAAUGUUUACAUAAAAAGGGCAAACAAGAGUUUUGCAUAAAUUCAAAAGAGUUUUUGGACAAAGGCUGGGCCAUACCAGAAAGUGAUUUACAAUUAAGAGAAAGCAUUGGCAAAGGUGAAUUUGGCGAUGUAAUGCUUGGCAUUUUGCGUGGCGAAAAAGUCGCUGUCAAAAUGUUAAAAGAUGAUGGUGCCGCACAGAAAUUUUUAGCCGAAGCAUCUGUAAUGACAACGCUCGAACAUGAAAAUCUUGUUCGUUUCAUUGGCUUAGUAUUCAAUAGUAAACAUAUUUAUCUGGUCACCGAAUACAUGAGCAAAGGAUCUCUUGUGGAUUAUUUGCGAUCACGUGGCCGUCAACAUAUUACCAAAAAGGAUCAAAUCAAUUUCGCAUAUGAUACCUGUUCGGGAAUGGAGUACUUGGAGUGCAAAAAGGUUGUUCAUAGAGAUUUAGCGGCGAGGAAUGUUUUGAUUGCCGAAGAUUGUGUAGCCAAAGUGUCUGACUUUGGUUUAGCCAGAGAGGAGUGUUAUAAUUUAGACGUCGGUAAAUUGCCAAUCAAAUGGACAGCACCAGAAGCACUGAAAGGAGGCCGAUUCUCAAACAAAUCAGAUAUGUGGAGUUUUGGUAUUUUACUAUGGGAAAUUUAUUCGUUCGGUCGAGUCCCAUACCCAAGAAUACCUCUAGCCGAUGUUGUUAAACAUGUAGAAGUUGGUUAUAAAAUGGAAGCGCCCGAAGGAUGUCCCCCCGAAAUCUAUGAAAUGAUGCGACAAGCAUGGGAUUUAAAUCCAUUGCGAAGACCAACAUUUCAUGAACUGAAAUCAAAAUUAUUACAUUUAAAAAAUAUAACUACGUGAGACGAAUCGAAUGCAACACAUAUUUCAUGUUUGCCAAGUGGAAAUGAUUGAGUAUCGAUUAAAUGAAAAAAAAAACAAA